CUGGUUUGAAUUCUUGACGCCACCACGCACUUGAUGGGGGGGAAAGGAUCCUGCCCUGGAUCCAAAUGGCCAUGCACAAGGGCACCAACACGAGACCAUGAGACCAUCAACGUCAAGAGCCCCACUAUGCAACAGGAGCGCUGCUGAUAAUACUCUAGCUACCUACAGAAGCAGGUAACUAAGAAUCUCAAUUAUGAUCGCCAAGAUUGCCUUCUUCGCUGCCCUCUGUGCCGUUUCACAAUUGGAUUCGGCGCUGGCUUUUGCUCCUGUGGUUGUCCCCACCAAGACAUCGACAUCCACAGAGCUACGGGCACGUUGUGAAGCCGCACAGCAAGCAUGUGGAAUUGCAGCCGCUGCUAUGAUCGCUUUGGGCGCCUUCCAUGUGGAUGCGGCCCAUGCAGCUCCAACUGCAAUUACACUGGAAGCUCCCCAGGCUAGCAGCAUCCUGGUUUCGGCCUCGAUGGAAUUUGUCGACAUUGGCUUGCCAUCUUAUCGCGCCGCUCUAGACGCACCCGUCAAUACCAACCUCAGUGGAGGUGGGAAAAUUGAAACUGGAGAAUCGGCCGAUGUGGUGGUGGCUGCCGCUAGCUCUGAAAAGGCUCCUGCCGUGGACAAGGCUGCAGCUGCAGCCUCUGCAGCAGACGCCAAGGCUGCAGCCAAAGCGGCCGCCAAAGCAGCUAGGGAACAACAAAUUGCGGCAGCAGAAGCGGCCGCGGCGGCGAAGUAACCUAAUGAAAAGAAUAUUUUAACUCCAUCAUUCACUACCAGUAUCAGCAUAAUCAGCUCAUAGGGGUUGAGAAACAGCCACUGGCAAAAGAAGGGGGU